UUCAUUCAGCACUGCCUGAGUAAGAAGAUUACUUUUACACUGCUCGUCUAGAUACUCUUUCUCUCUUUAAACAUGCAAAGGAUGCUAAAGCGUCAGCCGUUCCACCCGGGAAUGAUUUUAUUACUCUUAUGGCUCUGUUAUUUGAUUGAAGAUCAAAAAGUGCAAGCUGGUAACUGCUGGCUCCAGCAAGGCAAGAACGGGAGAUGUCAGGUCCUCUACAUGCCUGGGAUGAGCCGAGAGGAAUGCUGCCGGAGUGGGAGGCUCGGUACAUCUUGGACUGAGGAAGAUGUGCCAAACAGCACAUUAUUCAGGUGGAUGAUCUUCAAUGGCGGGGCUCCAAACUGCAUACCUUGUAAAGAGACAUGUGAUAAUGUGGACUGUGGCCCUGGGAAGAAAUGUAAAAUGAACAGGAGGAGUAAGCCUCGCUGCGUCUGCGCCCCAGACUGCUCCAACAUCACCUGGAAGGGGCCGGUGUGCGGCUCAGACGGGAAAACAUACCGAGAUGAAUGUGCCCUUUUGAAAUCCAAAUGCAAAGGGCACCCAGAUCUGGAGGUGCAGUAUCAAGGCAAAUGCAAAAAGACGUGCCAUGAUGUCAUGUGUCCGGGAAGUUCGACUUGCGUGGUGGACCAGACAAACAACGCAUACUGUGUGACGUGCAACCGCAUAUGCCCAGAGGUCACGUCUCCGGAUCAAUACCUUUGUGGCAACGAUGGGAUUGUUUACUCCAGUGCGUGCCAUUUAAGGAGAGCCACGUGCUUGCUUGGUAGAUCCAUUGGUGUGGCAUAUGAAGGGAAAUGCAUCAAGGCCAAGUCAUGCAAUGAUAUCCAGUGCAGCGCGGGGAAGAAGUGUCUAUGGGAUUCCAAGAUGGGUCGCGGGCGCUGUGCAGUUUGCGUGGAGUCGUGCCCAGAAAGUCGCUCGGAGGAGGCCGUGUGUGCCAGCGACAACACCACAUAUCCCAGCGAGUGCGCCAUGAAGCAGGCCGCUUGCUCUUUGGGGGUUCUCCUGGAGGUUAAGCAUUCAGGAUCUUGCAACUCCAUUACUGAAGACCAGGAGGAUGAUGACGAUGAGGAAGACCAGGACUACAUGGCUUAUAUCCAAUUAUCACCUGUACUGGAUGGAUAAAGCACCAUCAACCAGUGGAACAGUCCUAGGGCAAGGAAUCAUGUCCACACUGUACAUAUGUGUAUGCUAAUUUAUUUUUCAGAGAAAAAAGAAAGAAGUAUACAUGUAGUUCAGUCUGCUUGAUGUUUAUUUAUAGUGUUCUGUUUUAUAAUUUAUACAUUUACAGUGUCUGGC